CUUCGUUGGGAGCACAUAAGUGAAGGUUAAUUUUUACUCAAUACUCUUACGGUGUUCGGCGGUAAGAUGUUUAUCAUCAAUGCAAAAAUCGUCGUGCAAAGAAGAGGUUAUCGCUAGAUUGCGCAAGAUGGGCCGGGAGAAUGGGCUAAUAAAACCAAAUUUCGGGUUGAAAUAUUCAUGUCCUAAAUGUGGUAUCCGCUAAAUUAGACGUCACGCCACCACCAACAAAGAAGUUUAUCGGACAACAAGCGGUCGUGUGGCAGUGGACAGCCAAGAAGUCGACAUGUUUUCUAAGAUGAUUUUGCUCCAGUUUAUACUAGGUUGCCGGCUUGAGAACAUAUGGCUGAGAUUGCCAUUGUUCAGCCCAGUUACACUUCAAUCCCGUUAUGCUUAGCCACCAUCUACUACCUGAUAAGUAUUACCUCAUGGACCACCAAUACGUCGACUGGCCAUCCAUGUUCACCACCACUUCCUUCACCUUAACUCAUCGGCAGGAGGAGGUAAGGGCAGAAUGAGGUAAAGCAAAGACUAGCGGCAACCAGGCGGAGAGAAUGGAUAUUGAGGUCCAAAAGCCCAUGAAAAACCUAGAGCAGGCCAAUUCCUUUAUCCAUAGGCUCUAUUUAUACCGCGCUCUUCGUGGCUGUCUCCAUGCCUGCCGGUGGGUAUCCGUCGGAGCGUGGCAGACCCGCUGAAGCAGGCCAAUUCAGGGGGAAAGGGGUCGAUGUGAAGUUGCUUUGCUUUGCUUUGCCUUACCUUACCCUGAAGAAGGAUUCAGCGAAUGUUGGAGCCUGUCGGUCGACAAGAAGGGAGUGAGGGCGGUGGCGUGGGGCGGAGCCUGAUCGCCAGCAGCGGCAAAGUGGACCUUUCCGGCCGCUCAAAGUUUCACUUGCUGUGCGAUCUGGUAUAGACAGGAACAGGAGGGUCUACCCUCAACACUUCCCUUGCACUGUACCGCGGCGCGGUCGUCCAGCAAGAAGACGUGAAGCGGCAAAGCAGUAAUCGGAAGACCUGCAUCCUAGUUAGAACCGGAUAGGACAACCUACUCGAAGAGCUCGGUUGGCACUAGGACCGCCACAACCGUAACAUACCUGUUGCUGGCUCUGACCGUUCUUCGCACGACGCCAGUGACGACAGCAAGCUUAAGCAGAAUCUUGGUCCAACAGUGAGCUCGAAUCUGUUUUCUCUACCUUCGAACUUAGAGACAGCCAAAUCAGUGGUUGACUCGCAAAUCCAGGCCAACUUCGACUCAAUUCUACAGACUGUUGAAAAAGCUACUUGUAGUGGUUAUUUGCCUGCGACAAGUGCUUAAUAGCAGGUGCUUGGCAAGGAUGCAGGGCGCACUUAAUCGCGCACGUUUUGCUAUCAAGAGCUACUCCGUUGACCAAGGGUAUCCAUCAAGGCGUCGCUCUUUGGUGGACGACGCAAAGUUUGAGACACAGAAGAAGCGUGAGCUUACAGCUGCGAUCACUGAAUCCCGAUCCGAAACCGGGAAACAACAUGUUCAACCUCCUGGACUUGAGCUCAUUAACGAAGUCUUCAUCAACAAUGCUAACGACGCAAGUGAAAAUGAAGUCAGAUCUACACAUGUGGUUGUCACCCUGAAAAAGGGUGUCGAAAGCCUUGGCCAAGUCCUAAAGAUGAUUGAGGCGCAACAAGGAAAGGUGAGCCACCUGGAAACACGCCAACCAGGACAAGGUGAUGGCGGUUCCGGACCAGUCCUGCACGAAGCUUUUCUCACUUUGGACAACAUGCCACGGCAAAAUCUGCUUACUUUUAUUAAGUAUCUUGCCUCUGAAGAACUCGGAGAUCUGCGCUUUAUUAAGGAGAUGUCAACCGCUGUCGCCGGAGAUAUUUGGUUCCCGCUGCACAUCAGCGAUCUGGACUUCUGUACACACGUACUCACUAAGUUCGAGCCUGAUCUUGACUCUGAUCACCCGGGCUAUAACGACACAGCAUAUCGAGCAAGACGGAAACGUAUUGCGGAGAUCGCGUUCGACUACAAAGAGGGACAGCUCAUUCCUAAUGCUGAAUACACUGACGACGAAAUAAAGACCUGGGCCUUCGUCUACCGUGAGGUGAAAAGGCUGGCUCCGACUCAUGCGUGCGCAGAGUUCAACAGUGGUAUCCGUCUCCUUGAAAAGGAACUUGGCUACGGCGUACAUGCCAUCCCACAGCUUCAGACGGUGUCUGACUUUCUUAAAAAACGAAGCGGUUUUCGACUUCGUCCCGCAUCUGGCCUAUUGACGGCAAGAGAUUUCCUCGCUUCGCUCGCAUUCCGCGUUUUUCAGUGUACUCAGUAUACACGACAUCCGUCAAGCCCAGAUCAUUCGCCAGAACCGGACUGCAUCCAUGAACUGAUAGGCCACAUUCCGAUGUUUGCGGACCCGCAAUUCGCUCAGUUCUCCCAGGAAAUCGGUCUGGCGUCUCUUGGAGUAAGCGACGAGGACAUAGAAAAACUUGCAACAUUAUACUGGUUCACGGUGGAGUUUGGACUCUGCAAAGAAGGGGAUAAGGUACGUGCAUACGGAGCAGGUUUGCUAUCGUCGAUCGGAGAAAUUCAGCAUGCAUUGUCCUCACGGCCAACAGUCCUACCGUUCGAUCCACAGACAACUUCACUUCAGAAAUAUCAAGAUCAAGAGUACCAAGAUACUUAUUUUCUCGCCGAGAGUUUCCGCGACGUACAAAGUAAAUUCCGGGAAUGGGUACGUACGCAUAUCUACCGUCCAUUCGAUCUCUCCUACGACGCGUUCACGAACACCGUCAUCAUUCUUGAUUCGCCCAUGAAGGUAUGUUCUGUAAUGGAGAACCUAUAUUCGCAAAUGACAUCUCUAACCGCAGCGCUUCGUAAAAUGUCGUUUAAUAAGGAAGCCGCUCCAGCAAUUUAGAUUGCUAAAUGAAAUCCAAAAUUCGAAAUCUGAGGUUUCAGGGACUAUUUGCAGAUGUAUCGUCCUUUGAAGAUUUCAAGAGUGGCUGACUAAAAUCGCUACUUCUUACUGAUUAUUCAUAAGUAUAAAAUUUUUAACAAUAACAGAUACUACAAAGACGGAUAACGUUUGAACUCCUUCGCUGGAAAACUCUUUUCAGAGAAUGAUGUGAUGGACAACAAUAACAGUAUUUAUGCCUAGUGGAUGCUUUUGCAAGCGCAUAAAAAACAUAUAUAGAAUCCAGUUUUUGAUUUUCCCAUAAAUUGUGGUUGAGUGAAAUGUUUUGAGCUACAACUAAGAACGGAGAAAAUGAGAAGUUACGAUAUGGAAUAAUUUUGUGUCGAGAUGUUUGGUUCCAACCCAAAGUUGAAGAUCACAGCGAAAUUAUUUCGCGGGGAUCUACUAUAAACAGGUAAAACCAUUUACUGAGCCAGGUAAAGCUGAGUCAGUUGAUUAUAGGUUGAGUUCCGAGGUGCUGAAGUAAUUGUGUAAUGGUCGAAAAACGCCUGAGAGUUUGCAAACAGGUAAACGAUAUGUAACCGAUCGACACGGAUUAAUAUGUACUACUAUAUAAACAUACAUUAAUUAAGGAAACCAAAAGCUAAGCUAAAACCUAAGAGAAAACUGUUCGGCGCUGGAUGUAAAACACAGUUAAUAGAUCUAUCAAUACUACUAAAACUCUGUGCUUGGCUGUUUAUUUUUCGGAUUCAAACUAGGCUAUUUCCUUUCUUCAAAAGUCUAAUUUUGAAAAAAUCUGCACCAAAGAUCAAGCCGAUCGAAUGAAUAUUUUUUCCUAAGGG